ACAGUAUAAUCCUUUUCCUAUCAUUACUUUCGGGGUCUACUAUUAGGAAAUCGAAGCUUGUCAUCUUCCACAAACUCUGCCGCGUGAGUGCCGAGAGCGUCGAGGAGAGUACUAAGGCGUGUCCUUUUUCCAAGUUUUCUCGAGACAUCAAAUAUGCUCUUCUUCUCGUAUUUCAAGGAGCUGGUGGGGAAGGAAGUGACCGUGGAGCUGAAGAACGACCUCGCCAUGCGAGGUAUCCUCCAUUCGGUGGAUCAGUACCUCAAUAUAAAGCUUGAGAACACUAGGGUUGUCGAUCAAGAUAAGUACCCCCACAUGUCAUCGGUAAGGAACUGUUUUAUCAGAGGAUCAGUAGUGAGAUAUGUCCAACUCCCUCCUGAUGGGGUGGACAUCGAUAUUCUUCAUGAUGCCACAAGGAGAGAAGCCCGUGGUGGUUGAUACUUGAUAGUCGAGGCAGACUUGCCUGUUAUAUUCAUGGUUCGUCACUAAUGGCACGACAAAAUUGUGCACUAAAAGCAAAUGUUGAUUCCACUUGAAGUUUGUAAUGAAGUUUUUUGAUGCUUGUGCUUAAUUCUUGCACCAACAUAUCUAUGUCAUUUUUAAACAUCUACAUUUUUCUUGCAUUGUUCUUGGUCCUUGGGAUUGCAGAAAUAUAUUUGAAGUCUUGAAUACCUAAAAAAUACUAUGUCAUCGCUA